AUGCCGGGUGUGGGGGCGAUCGGGGCGCGGUGCAGGCACCGGCCGCGCAGGAGCCCCAGGAAAAGCCCCAAGGCGGAGCCGGGCCAGGCCGGGGCCGCCAUGGACGCGGCGAUCUGGAUCUACCAGUUCCGGCUGAUCGUGCUGGGCGACUCCACCGUGGGCAAGUCCUGCCUCUUGCACCGCUUCACCGAGGGCCGCUUCCCGGGGCCGCUGCACUCCGACCCCACCGUGGGGGUGGACUUCUUCUCCCGGCUGGUGGAGAUCGAGCCCGGCAAGAGGGUCAAGCUGCAGCUCUGGGACACGGCGGGGCAGGAGCGGUUCAGGUCAAUAACACGCUCUUAUUAUCGCAAUUCUGUGGGUGGCCUGCUAGUAUUUGACAUCACAAAUCGACGAUCUUUUGAACAUGUGAAGGACUGGCUGGAAGAAGCAAAAAUGCACGUGCAGCCCUUUCAGAUUGUGUUCCUGUUAGUAGGACACAAAUGUGACUUAGUGUCACAGCGCGAGGUUACAAGAGAAGAAGCUGAAAAACUGUCAUCUGACUGUGGUAUGAAAUAUAUAGAAACUUCAGCAAAAGACGCCACAAAUGUUGAAGAGUCCUUUACAAUUCUUACACGAGACAUCUAUGAACUUGUAAAAAAUGGAGAAAUCUCAAUACAAGAUGGAUGGGAAGGUGUCAAAAGCGGCUUUGUUCCAAAUGUUGUUCAUUCAUCAGAAGAAGCUGUAAAGCCCAGGAGACAAUGCAUCUGCUGAGUUGUAGCAUGCCAAAGAGCCCAUGGGGUGUUUAGAAGACAAUGCCAAUCAAAAUGACAGAAAAAUAAUUUUGAAACAAUAUUAGAUCAUGGCAUAGCUGAAUCAUAGAACAGUAGUUUGGUUUUGUAUCCCUCUGUCUAGGUUAUAAUCCAUAACACUUUAAGUGCUUUUUUUUCUUUAUAGAGUACAAUAACUUCAUGUGGUCUUCACAAAAAAUGUUAUAUAUUGCUAA